AUGGGGGCAUCGAUGCGUCCAGCGGAUCGUGUGCGACAGGACCAAGAAGUCGCUGGCCAGUUCGGGGUAUAUAACUACCGAAUUCAGGGCGCACUUUGUCAUCGCAUCGGUACACUUGGCCAUCGUUCGGAGCAAGCGCCGAGGUACGCGCAGCUCUAUUUUUACGACUCUAACAGCGUGGAACAUAGUGAUCGAAUGGUGGACGCGCGUCUGGCAUACACUCCGAACCUGGAUCGAGCAAUAGUCCAACGCAUCCAAAACAUCCUGCAAGCAUGCAACCCGCUUGCCGCCCAGUUUCGCCAUGCAUUCGAGCGGAUAUGCGGAUCGGAGAAUUUGAUGCUGCGCAUACACGCACGAUUGCCUGGGCUUGACCAGCGCCGCUACAACCAGCCUACCGUAGACGAGGUCGCUGGUAUUUUUCUCUGCUCCGAGCAAGGUAAUCCACGUGAUGUUAUGCUGCAAGAUCGUGACUCCGGAUAUCUCAACCGGGUAUACGAGACGCAUCAGCUGUUCGACGCCAUGCAGUAUCCGCUCCUGCAUCCACACGGCGAAGUUGGAUGGACGUUUGGCAUACCAAAACAGCCAAGACGCGACGUACGCGCUGCACGACGGACCCAGCGUGACGGCCACAACGCGGAUGACGGUGACCAGAACGGUGAAAAUCGCGAAGAUAUCCGGGCAUCAUCGAGGCAAGUUUCUCCCCGCGAAUAUGCCGCGUAUCGGCUGUGUUUUCGGCGAGAGGAUAUGUCCCUCAUUCACCGUGGCGGCCGGCUUAUGCAGCAAUACUGCGUGGACCAAUGUUGUAAGAUCGAGGAGCAGCGCUUGAAGUUCCAGCGAGAAAAUCAGGCGCAGCUACGUGCCGAUGCCUACGGUGGGCUAAUGGAUUUGGCCGGCCCAGUCACCGUACAGCCAGGACAGGAACCACGCACACUGGAUCAGAUAGGUACGCGUAUUAUCCUAUCUCCCACGUUCCCCGGCGGCGACCGAUACAUGCGCGCUCAGUAUCAGGACGCAAAGGCCAUCGUACGGGCGAUCGGAAAACCCGACCUCUUUAUCACGAUCACGUUUAUUUCCCUGCUGGAGGACCUGUCGGCCGGAGUGCUUGGCCUCGAAAUAGCGCGAAUCCACGUGGUAGAGUACCAGAAGCGUGGUCUUCCGCACGCACACUGCCUGGUGAUUCUUGCUGAAGCCGACAAGCCACGGUCAGCGGCGGACUACGACAGACUGGUGUCGGCCGAAAUUCCGGAUCCUGCCAACGAAGAGCUCCACGAAACCAUCUGCAAGUCGAUGAUGCACGGACCAUGCGGUAGCUGGAAUCCGGCUGCUCCUUGCAUGAAAGAUGGUGUGUGCUCGAAACGGUUUCCCAAGUCGUUUUGCGAUGAAACGCGGCAAACGGAGGACGGGUAUCCGAUGUACCGACGGCGAAACAAUGGCCGGACCGUUGUCGUCAAAAACGUCGCGCUGGACAACCGCCACGUAGUGCCGUACAACCCGUGGCUGUCGCAUAAAUAUAAUUGCCACAUAAACGUAGAGGUGUGCGCGACCAUCAGCAGCGUGAAGUACCUUUAUAAGUACGUGUAUAAAGGACACGACCGGGUCGCCGUUUCUACUACCGAGCCAGUGGACGAGAUACAGCAGUAUGUCGACAAGCGGUACAUUUCCGCGUCGCAGGCUGUCUCGACGAUCUUCGGGUUCGAGGUUCAGGCCAAAACGGUGACCGUCGUUCAGCUUCCAAUACACCUCGAGAACAGGCAAAGCGUGGUAUUUCGCGACACCGAAACCGUGGAUGAGGUGCUCGAGCGCGGCCACCAUACUAUGCUGACACGGUUUUUCCAGCUAGCGGCCAACGAUUCUCAGGCGCGCAGGCUGACGUAUCAAGACAUCCCGGCCUACUACCGAUACGCAAAACCGUCAGCUACACAGCGGCUGUCGUGGCACGAAGGCACGGGCAAACAGUGGAUCCGCCGUAUCCAACAGAACGGUAUCGUUGUUGGUCGAAUGGUCUACUGCCCCAUCUCGGAUAUGGAACGUUACUGUCUGCGAUUGCUGCUCUGCUACCGUAACGGUCCGACUUCCUUCGAAGAUUUGCGCACUGUAAGCAGUUCCGUGUGUGGUUCCUUCCAGGAGGCAGCCGCCAGGUCCGGGCUGCUGCAUGAUGAAUCGGAGUGGGAUCGGUCGCUCCAGGAAGCGGUAUCAUUCCAGAUGCCAUCCCAGCUGCGUCACCUGUUUGCCCUGAUAUUAUCGGAGGGUAAGCCGCUAAACCCUCACAGCCUGUGGGAAGCAUACGCCGAUCAUCUGUGCGAGGACUACCAUCGGCAACAUCGAGAGCGCUACACGGUGGACGAUUCCGAGCAAAAUCGCCUUUUGCGUGCGGCGGAACACUUCUGGGCUUUGCGGUCGAUUGACCAGUAUCUACGUGGGACGACGCCGCCGAAGACUCUGGAAACGUUUCCCAGUAUGCCACAGCUGGCUCAGUUUUCCCACCUUCCGGCCGAGUUGCUGCAGUUCGACCGAGCGACCAACGCGAACGUUUUAAUCGAUGCAGAACGCUCUUACAACAUCACGGAGUUGGAUAGAACGCUUCGUAACGUGGACCGGUUGAAUGCAGAACAGCGUGCGGUGUACAACACCAUCACUGAAGCGGUUGAUCGGAGCAGUCAAACGGAGCAGACCGGAGAACGUGCGGCAGACGAGGAAAGUGGAAGCCUAUACUUCCUGGAUGGACCCGGUGGCACUGGGAAGUCGUUUCUGCUCGAGACCAUCCUGGCUUACACCCGACGUCAGACGAAGAUUGCUCUCGCAUCAGCCUCCAGUGGAAUCGCCGCAUUGCUUCUCACUGGUGGGAAAACAGUGCACUCGACCUUCAAGCUUCCUCUAAUUUUGGACGAAAAUUCCCAUUGCAACAUACCCGCCCAGUCGCAGCUGGCUGACCUAAUGCGACAGGCGACUCUGAUCGUGUGGGACGAAGCGUCCAUGAGCAGCCGGUAUGCGCUCGAGGCCGUGGACCGCACGCUCCAGGACAUCGUUGGAGUACGUCGUCCAUUCGGAGGGAAAGUUAUGUUGCUGUGUGGGGAUUUUCGCCAAAUCCUACCGAUCGUGCCAAGAGGAACGGAUGCGCAAGUGGUGCAGCACUGCAUCAAACGGAGUCCGCUAUGGUACCUCUUCCGUGUGUUGCGGUUGCGGGUGAACAUGCGCGUCCAAACGGCUCCGAACGCACGGGAUUCAGAUGAUAUUCAGGAGUUUGCCGAUUUUCUGCUUCGCAUCGGAGAGGGUCGGCAUCAAACGCUUCCGGGAUUGGACGCCACCUUCGCCAAGCUGCCACGUGACAUGAUGCAGCCCCGAACAGGCAAUCAGCAGAGCGACGUUCUAUCGCUGAUCGAUCACGUCUACCCAGAUCUUGGUCGGCAAUAUCAGCACUCCGGAUUUUUUACCGACCGAGCUAUCCUGUCACCGCGGAACGUCGACGUGACCGCAAUCAACAAUAGCGUGUUGGAAGGGAUAACGGAACCGGAAGAAGUGUAUCUGUCUGUCGAUACAUUAGUCAAUAGCGAGGAACAAGAUACGCUAAUGCUGCCGACCGAAUUUCUAAACUCGCUGAAUAUGAGCGGCAUUCCGGUGCAUAGGUUACGGUUGAAGCGGUAUACGCCGGUACUACUUCUCCGUAAUCUCAACACCGAGCGUGGAUUGUGCAACGGAACGCGGCUGCAGAUCGUGUCACUUAGACCGCACUGCCUACAUGCACGGAUUCUGACGGGCAAGCGGCAGGGUGAAGACGUAUUGUUGCCCCGUAUCUUCUGCGACAGCAAUGAUGCGACCUUGCCGUUUCAGAUCCGCCGUAAGCAAUUUCCGGUGCAAGUGUGCUUCGCGAUGACAAUCUACAAGGCACAAGGUCAGUCGCUUCACCACCUCGGACUUUACCUGCCCACCGAAGCACGAAAGUGCAAGGAGGGCACGUCAAGUGCAGAGGAGAAGGAGAGCACGCAAGUGCAGAAAGAGGGCGAGAAAUCGCAGAACGAGUCAGCACGCCAAGUGCAGUAA